AUGAUUCUGGUAUUUCACUUUUUUGAUGGACCACGUUCAACUGCAACAUCUCGUACAACACUUGCUAAUGGUGGUGGUGGUGGUAAAAGUUCAAGUAGUGGAAUUCAAAGUUUAUUCCCAACACGACAACCACGUGUACGAACAAUAACAAAUGAAACAACAACAAAUACAUCAACAAGUACUAAUUUACCUAUGGUUGUAACAACACCAAGAUCAAAUACAGAAUCGGAUGAUCAAUCAUUAUCAAGUAUAUCGAAAAAAUGGCGAGAUAUACUUGCAAAUGAAUGUUUACCACAAUUACCUCAAUUACCGCAAACAAUCAAUAUAAAUAAAGAUAAUGAACCACAAUUAACGCAUUCAUUGGGUUUCGGCUCAUCAAAUGUUGAAGAACUUCUAUCAUCAUCAUUAAACCAUUCAAAUAAUAUGUUUUUAUCAUCACCAAAUUUACCAACUCAAGAACAAUUUCUUCGUUCACAAUAUGAUAAUGAACAAUGUGAUUUAAUGUCAUUAAUUAAAGUACAUGAAUAUUUAACAAAACAACAACAUCAUCCAUCAUCAACAAUGACAGCUGUUGAACAAAUAAUGCCAUCAUCAGCAUCAUCAUCAACUCCACCAGUACAUCAUCAAUCUUAUUCAACAUUAACAUCAGUUACAUAUCGUUCAUCACUUGCUAAACAAGCACCUGCUAGUGGUCAACCUAUUUCAACAUCAUCACAUCAUUCUUAUUCAUCAUCAGAAAAUCUUCAUCAUCAUAUGAUACAAGAUAAAAACGAACGUCAUCAUAGUAUUGUUAGUGAUAUACAUCAUUUAACUAAUUCACCAAAUACAUUUGAAACAUCAAUAACAUCAAAUUCAUCAUCAAAUUCAAGUAAACAUCAUGAUACAUUAUCUUAUUUAAUUGAACAAAAUCAACGUGCUAUGCAAAGACUUAUUACGAAUCAUAAAGAAAAUCCAGUAGGUGAAUCAACAACAUUUUUUUCAUCAGCAUCAAUACGUGCACCCGAUUAUGAAAGUGGACAAUUAACAACAUUAUCAAGUGAAAAAAUACAACAAAAAAGUACAUUAAUUGAAACAGGUUCAUUAUCAACAUUAGAUUUUCCAUCGGCUAUUUUAAAUGCUGAUGACCAACAUUUAUAUGAGACAGCACAACUUGAUUGUAAAAUUGAUUCAGAUGAACGUGGUAUUCUUGAUGAACCAUCAUUAACUCUUCUUUCGAAUAGUUAUCGUUCAUUAACAACAACUACAGGUCAAAAUCCAACUCCUAUGAUGACACAAUCAACAUCACAACAAAAGAAAAAACAAUGUUCAUCACCACUUUCAACAUGUGAUGAUAAAACAAGUGCUUGUUCAACACCAGCAUUAUCACCCAUUAAAAAUGAACCAUUUAUGACAUUGAAUAAAAAAAAUCGACAUGAAACAUUAACACCCGUAUAUUUAGCUAUGCCAGCUAUUAGUCAAUAUUCACCAUUACCUUUACCAUCAUCAACAAAUUCAUCUGUUCAAUUAUCAUCACAAAAACAAAAUAAACAAGCGAGUAGUAAUGAUACAUCUUUACUUUCAUUUGAACGACAUGAAUUAAGUGCUGGAAAUGCAACAUUAAUGACAACGAAUGAUCAUGAUGAUAUUAAAUCAUUUGAAAAUCAUUCAUUAAUCUCAGAUAUAGCUAUAGGAACUCGUCUUCCUGCUACGACAGAUGCUGAUUGGUCUUAUUUUAUUUCAGUUGGUGAAGGAUUUGCAAAAGAACUUGAAAAACCAGCUCCUUCAUCAUCAACAUCGUCGUCUCCUUCUUCAGCAUCAUCAUCAUCAUCACCAACAACAGCAACAUCAUCAUCAGCAAAUAGUAGUAAUCAAAAUAAAUCUCAACAAAACCGACAUGUAGGUGGUCUUGAAUUUUUUAUUAAUGGAGAACAACAAAAUACGUCUACCCCACAAAUUGUUCAAUUACCAACUCUUCAAUCUGCUUUACAAGCACAUCGAGCUAAUUUUGUUGCAACAAGUCAAAAACGUAUUGAUGAAAUCAAAACUAAAGAUUAUACUACAAUCAAUACUUCUCAUGUACCAGUUUCAACACGUCUAAAAUCCCGAAAACCAAUUCCAAUACAAACAUCAAUACCAGCAACAUCAUCAUCAUCAAUAAAUACAAUUGAAACCGAUUCAGAAGAACGACAAAGACGUGUACGUGAAUCGAAAGAACGUUCAAAACGUUUGUAUGAUCAAUUAGCUGAAGUUCAACAAAAGAAAAAAAUUCAUGAAACAAAACAACAAGCACAAGCUUAUCGUGCACGUAUGAAUGCUUUUCAAACAACAUUAAAUAAAAAAAAGACAAAUAACAAUAAUAAUAAAAAAUAA